AUGUCGUCAGAUGGAGAAUUCACGAGAACCCAAAUAUUCGGUACCGUAUUUGAAAUUACCAAUAGAUACACUGACUUGAAUCCUGUUGGUAUGGGUGCCUUUGGUUUGGUUUGUUCUGCCGUCGACAAAUUGACAGGUCAAAAUGUUGCCGUUAAAAAAAUCAUGAAACCCUUUUCAACUUCGGUUUUGGCUAAAAGAACUUAUAGGGAGUUGAAGUUGUUGAAACAUUUAAGACAUGAGAAUUUGAUCACUUUGGAUGAUAUCUUCAUUUCACCAUUGGAGGAUAUCUACUUUGUUAAUGAGUUGCAAGGUACAGAUUUACAUCGAUUGUUGACAUCAAGACCUUUGGAAAAACAAUUCAUACAAUACUUUACGUAUCAGAUAUUGAGAGGAAUGAAGUAUAUACAUUCGGCUGGUGUUAUUCAUCGCGAUUUGAAACCUUCCAAUAUUUUGAUUAAUGAGAAUUGUGACUUGAAAAUUUGUGAUUUCGGUUUAGCUAGAAUUCAAGAUCCACAAAUGACUGGAUAUGUUUCCACAAGAUACUAUCGUGCCCCAGAAAUUAUGUUGACUUGGCAAAAAUACGAUACUGAAGUUGAUAUUUGGUCUGUUGGAUGUAUAUUAUCUGAGAUGAUUGAAGGAAAACCUUUAUUCCCUGGUAAAGAUCAUGUACAUCAAUUCUCCAUUAUAACGGAAUUAUUAGGAAGUCCACCAGCUGAUGUCAUUGAUACUAUUUGCUCAGAGAAUACGUUGAGAUUCGUGCAAUCAUUACCACAUAGAGAUCCUAUCCCUUUCAGUGAAAGAUUUGCGUCUUGCACUCAUGUUGAACCUGAGGCAAUUGAUUUAUUGUCCAAGAUGUUAGUAUUUGACCCUAAAAAGAGAAUCAGCGCUGCCGAGGCCUUGACUCAUCCAUACAUGGAGCCUUAUCACGACCCUACCGAUGAACCAGUGUGUGAGACCAAAUUCGAUUGGAGUUUCAACGAUGCCGACUUGCCAGUUGAUAACUGGAGAGUGAUGAUGUAUAGAGAGAUUUUAGAUUUCCACCAAAGCAUUGGUGUUGGUGGAAGUGGGCUCGACUAUGAACAACAACAAGUUGCCGACGCCGAUGGAAACACAGAGAAAUUGGAAGAGUUGAAUCGACAACAACAACAACAACAGCAGCAGCAACAGCAACAAUUUGCACAGGAACAACAAACUUAA